AUGCUUCUGCUGCGCGCAGCGAGUCAGGUGUGCUACGACCUGGGCUGCUUCACGGACGACUUCCCCUACUCGGGCUACAGAGAGAGGCCCAUCAAGCAGCUCCCCGAUAGCCCCGAAAAGAUCAACACUCGCUUCCUCCUCUUCACCAGAGCCAACCCCAACACCUGGCAGGAACUGAAAUCCCGCGAUCCGUCCACCAUCGGCGCCUCCAACUUCGGCAGCGGCAAGAGGACGGCGUUCGUGGUGCACGGGUUCACCGACCAUGGCGAGGAGGAUUGGGUGCAGGACAUGUGCAAGGCCAUCGUGGGGGUGGACGACGUGAACUGCGUGGCCGUGGACUGGAAGGGCGGCUCGCGCACCCUCUACACCAAGGCGGCCAACAACAUCCGCGUGGUCGGAGCCGAGAUAGCCAAGCUCGUCAACACCAUGGAGGUUCAGUACGGGGCGCGCCAGGAGGACGUGCACAUCAUCGGACACAGCCUGGGGGCGCACGCGGCCGCCGAGGCCGGCCAACGCCUGCCCCGGCUCGGGAGAAUCACCGGCCUGGACCCGUCCGAGCCGUACUUCCAGAACUGCGACGUCGCCGUCCGCCUCGACCCCUCCGACGCCGCCUUCGUGGACGCCAUCCACACGGACGCCGCUCCGAUGAUCCCCAACAUGGGGAUGGGCAUGAAGCAGCCGGUUGGGCAUCUGGAUUUUUAUCCCAACGGAGGAGAGGAGAUGCCCGGCUGUGACAAGAACAUCAUCUCCACCAUCAUCGACAUCAACGGCAUCUGGGAAGGAACCAGAAACUUUGUUGCGUGCAACCACCUCCGUGCCUACAAGUACUUCACGGAGUCGCUGACGAACGAGGACGGCUUCGUCGGAUUCCCCUGCAGCGACUACGACGCCUUCGACAAGGGGCAGUGCUCCACGUGUCCAAGCGGAGGAUGCCCCCGCAUGGGUUACUUCGCAUCCAAAAGCUCCGUGGCCGCCGGGACCAUAAACAACAUCUACUACCUCAACACCGGAGCGGAGCAGGACUUCUCCCGCUGGCGCUACGAGGCGACUCUGACGCUGUCUGGCACCAAAUCGGUCAGAGGGAUCUUUAAGAUCGCUCUGUACGGGCCCAACGGGAACACUCACCAGCACCAGCUGACCUCGGCGACGUGGCUGAAGCCCGGCAAGACGUACACGUACCCCCUGGACAGCGAGGCCAUGGUGGGCGAGGUCACCAAGGUGAAGUUCCUGUGGGAUGACAACGUCAUCCACCUCGUCCGCCCCAAGCUGGGGGUGACCCGCCUCGAGCUCAAGUCGCCGUUCGAUCAACAAACGUGAGCAGCACUGACAACAGUCGGUUACCUCCACAUUGCGCUCGUAAAAACUACGUCACAAAGAAAACACGAAGGGAUCUCUAUUUUUGUUUA